AUGGGUUCAGCGGAGCCGGUGGCGGGCACAGAGCUCUCGGAGGCCGCCGUCCAGCAGCUGGGGGUCAGAGGGACACGUCGGCGCUCAGUCCUGCGGCCCUCGGCCCGUAGCUGGGGUGGUCCCACCGGCCGGGGCCGGGCAGGUGUUGCUGAGGUCAGCCCAGGGGUUACCUCUUCGCCAGCUUCUACGUGCCCGCCUGUGACGACAGUGGAGCCGGAAUAUAUUUGUCCCAGAUGUGAAUCAGGCUUCAUCGAAGAAGUGACAGAUGAUUCCAGUUUUUUAGGUGGUGGAGGCAAUAGCACAGCAACGCAUUUUACAGAGGACAUCAGACCAUUUCUAAGUAGUAAUCCACUGGACCAGGACAAUAGAGCCAAUGAGAGGGGCCAUCAAACUCACACAGACUUCUGGGGACCGAGCCGACCUCCACGACUGCCUGUGACUCGGAGGUACAGGUCACGCGGCAGCUCUCGCCCCGAGAGGUCCCCAGCCAUCGAAGGAAUAAUUCAACAUAUUUUUGCAGGAUUCUUUGCAAAUUCUGCAAUUCCUGGAUCCCCACAUCCCUUUUCCUGGAGCGGGAUGCUGCACUCCAGCCCCGGGGACUAUGCCUGGGGUCAGGCCGGGCUCGAUGCCAUCGUAACCCAGCUUUUAGGACAACUGGAAAACACAGGGCCUCCCCCAGCUGACAAGGAGAAGAUCACAUCUCUCCCCACCGUGACAGUAACUCAGGAACAAGUUGACACGGGCUUAGAGUGUCCAGUGUGCAAAGAAGAUUAUGCAGUUGAAGAGGAAGUCCGGCAGCUGCCCUGCAACCACUUCUUCCACAGCAGCUGUAUCGUGCCGUGGUUGGAACUGCACGACACCUGCCCUGUUUGUAGGAAGAGCUUAAAUGGUGAGGACUCUACUCGGCAAGCCCAGAGCUCCGAGGCCUCUGCAAGCAACAGAUUUAGCAGCGACAGCCAGCUGCACGAUCGCUGGACUUUCUGAAACUAAAGACCGUAUCCGAGCCGGGCCGUGGGCGUCUGCCUGCCACGGAGGCUGUAAAUUAUAUCAAAACAAAAGAUAGUAGAUGGAUUUAGGAUCACAUAAGAAACCCCAACCCAUAAUAUUAAUGCAAUGAGUGUUUUUCUUCUCUAAAGUUAGUAUCUACAGAUGGAAUUUGUCUCUACAACCAAAUGCCUCUUAUUCCUGAAUUCAGAGUGAUCAUUUUAUAAGUGUGAAAUUGAAUUAUGUGGGUCCCCCCGCCAGAGUAGUGUCAGUUCCCAGUAGCUAGGGCCUGCUCUUUGUCACGUUCCUUGUAGGGGAUGUUCCCACUUCCUCCUCCACCCUCCACCUGCCCUCCAGUGUAUUUUACAGUCAUACAGUGGAACCAGGCCCUAAAGUCCUGCUGAUAUAAGUCCUUUUGUUUGAAUAGUAUAGAAGCAUUUACUCUUGGCCCCGUGAGCCAUGAGGUGAGGUCAGGACUGCUCAGGAAUCUGAGACAGUGAUUUCUGUUGUCUUGGAUCCUCGGAGCAAAUCAAAGGAAAGUGACAGGGGCAGGAGAAAGUGACUUAUCAUUGUGCCCUUUGGUUUCCUCUCUCUAGUUUUUACAAAUAUUUCACGAGAGGCGCUUUCCCCAGAAGCCAACGUGACAUGCCGCAGGGGUGUCGUGUUGGUAGGAAUCUGAUUUUAUUCCUUUUUGGGAAUGAGUCGGACGGCACGCUGGCACAGGAGGACAGAUGUUUCAGAGCUUCGAUUCUGAGAUUUUUUUAACGACCCCCAACUUGUGGUUUACUGUCUUUUAUUCCGGGAACCUUACUUUCCCACACAGAAAGAGAAUUACUUCGUUACUGCUCCUACAGCCAGUUCACUGUUUUUAGUAAUCCACUAGUCUCCAGACUGUAAUUUUACAUGGUCUCAUGUGAAUAUUUUCGGCCCCAUUUCAUCUCUGCGACUUCUCUGUUCUGCUUAGUUCUGGCUACACUUGGAGUCAAACUGGUUGUUGUGAUCAUGCCCAAAACUAUUCGACCUAGGAGAAAUAGCCUUAUUUUUUCAGUCUGACCGUGUCCCAUGCACGUGCACAUGCUUCUUGGAGCAUGUAAAUGUUUAAAGUUGAAUAAAUGAGAAGAUCAAG